CGGAAGAGUUUUGAGGCUGGUGUGAAGAAGAGAAGGCAGACAUGAAAAGUUUCUUACUCAUGAUUGGGUUCUGUGGAGUGCUUUCGUGGACUUUGCCCAUCCUUCCACAGACUGAACAAGCCACAGAAGAGGACACGCAGCUUGCCCAGAAAUACCUCAACAGCUAUUACCCUGAACCCGAAGAAAUGCCUGUCUUUCGAAGCAAACACAAUAACAUUGACGUCAACAAACUACGACAAAUGCAGGAAUUCUUCGGACUGAAAGUGACAGGCAAAUUAGAUUCUACCACGUUGGAUGAAAUGAAAGCUCCCAGAUGUGGGGUUCCUGAUAUAGAAGGAUUCAAAACCUUUCCGCUAUCUCCAAAAUGGCCAAAGAAAGACCUGACAUAUAGUCUUCAGAAUUACACGCCAGACAUGGCUCGUGCUGAUGUAGAAGAGGCCAUCAGGAGAGCAUGGAAAGUGUGGAGUGAUGUGACCCCCCUAACCUUCACAAUGGUAUCAGGGGACUCUGCAGAUAUAUUAAUCUUAUUUGGUGCUGGAGAACACAGCAAGAUUCCCUUUGACCCUCGUUUUGAUGGGCCCAAUGGAGAGGUGGGACAUGCCUUUUCACCAGCUCAUGGUGGAUACGUUCAUUUUGAUGAAGAUGAAGACUGGACAAAGGAUGCAACAGGAAUCAAUCUUUUUCACGUUGCUGCCCAUGAGUUUGGCCACUCUCUAGGUCUCUCCCACACCAAUGUCAAGGAAGCUCUGAUGUUUCCAAAAUACAUACGUUCAGACCCUGCAAAGGUCAAACUCCACCAAGAUGACAUCGAGGGCAUCCAGUCUCUUUAUGGACCCCCUGAAGAAGCUGGUGGUGAUGGUCAGCCAUCAGGCUCUGGAUCACCAACACACCUACAAGAACAGGCAACAGAUUUAUGCAACCCUCACCUGACUUUUGAUGCUGCUGCCACUCUCCGAGGAGAAACUUUAUUCUUUAAAGACAGCUUCAUGUGGCGGAAGAACCCUGCGGAAAACAAUAUUGAAAAAGAUCUGAUUUCUGCAUUCUGGCCAGCUUUGAGUGGUGGAAUAGAUGCUGCAUAUGAAGUUGAAAAUAAAGACAUAUUAUUUCUUUUCAAAGGAGAGAAGUACUGGGCUACCAAAGGCAAUAUUAUACAGCCAGGUUUCCCGAAGAACAUCCACACACUCGGCUUCCCCCGAAGUGUAAAGAAAAUUGAUGCAGCUGUUUAUGAUAAGAACACAAAGAGAACAUUAUUCUUUUCAAGCGGCAAGUACUGGAGAUAUGAUGAAACCAAGAAUUCUAUAGAGAAGAGCUAUCCCCGAAAGAUAGCCGUUGAUUUCCCUGAUAUUGGCUCCACUGUGGAUGCUGCUUUACAACAUAAUGGACAUUUGUAUUUAUUCAGUGGCUCAAAGCAAUAUGAGUUUUACAGCAAAAGCAAAAGGUUUAUUGGCAUAAACAAAAGCAACUUCUGGAUUGGCUGCCAGUGACCAGGGGAGAAAAUGCAGUAGCAAAGAACAAGAGAAGCCCUGCAUCCAGCCUUACUACUUACUGGCAUUGUUCAAUUAAGCCUAUAUUAUUUUGUCUUCCGAAGAACUGCUGCCAACGCACUUUAAGACAAGGAAAAAUUCAAACUGAGUAUUUAUUUUUAGUAUUUAUUAUUUGUUACACUGUAUGUUGCCAAAUAAUAUGUUAAUAUUUUUGUUACACUGUAUGUUGCCAAACUUAAUAUUUUUGUUACACUGUAUGUUGCCAAAUAAUAUGUUAAUAUUUUUGUUACACUGUAUGUUGCCAAAUAAUAUGUUAAUAUUUUUGUUACACUGUAUGUUGCCAAAUAAUAAAGUAAGUUAUGUUUA